CAGUGUGCGUCGCCACGAUCGAUCAGUCGCUCCCAGUUCCGGUGCUGGGGCGAUCAUGCGUCUUCUCAAAACCCUGUCCUCUCUCAAACGCCAAAGCCCUAAACCUCAUUUCCUCCAUUCGGCCGUCCGCAAACCUCUCUCACCUCACCCUCACUGCAGUUUCGCCACCGGCGCAGCAUCUAAAAGCUCGACUCGAUCCCACGCCGAGGAAAACAUCAACUGCAAGAAGAAGCCGCUCGAUGUGUUCUUCAAAGAAGCGGUGGGACUAUCCCCGAAAACAGACGAACGCGACAGGGAAAGCGGAUCCGAUGGUGCGAGAAGCGAGUUGGGCUUGAAACUGAAGCGGUUGGAGGAGGAGGUGAGGAUUCUAGAGAGCAGGGACGACGGACCGAAGAGUGAUGCGGCUGUUCCUGAGCAGGAUCAAAGGGCGCCGCCCGCGAGCUUGUACGAUCUCUACGUGGAUGGAAAGCGGGAAAAGCCUAAGAGGCCUCCCGAGGGUGUUCUUGUUAUAAAGGAUCUCUCUCCGUAUGCGGAGGCUUUCUUGUCUCAUUUGCACGAGGAAGGUUACUUUAGAGAGGCUAAUUUCUUGAAGAAGAAUGGGAAAUGGGACGCGAGCCGUUUCGAGGACAGUUACAGCAGAGAUUUCGUGAAAUUCGCGGCCGAGAAGUUCGGCAAGGACCAUCAAGAGAUUGCCAAAUGGUUGUCAGGUAGCGACUUGAAAAAGAUAGCUUUGUUUGGCUGCCCUUCCACUGCAAAAAAGAAUGUCUUUGCUGCUAAAAGAUUGCGGAGUUUCUUCAGUAUACAAGAGGACAAUGUGUGCAGAGAAUGCGUCUUGAGAGAAUCGUGCAAGUUUGUUAACCAGAGUGUAUGGAACAGCGAAACAAAUGCCUUGAGGUUGGAUACUGUGAUGAAGGUCAUCACUCUAUAUGCACUGGAAUUGGUACCUUCCCAGUUGAAGAUUACUCAAGAGCUGAAGGACUCUGUGAGUAGAAUGUUGAGAGACAUUCUGAAAUUGAGCCAAACCACUUUGCAAGUCUAGAGAAGGACUUAAACUACUCUCAGAUGCAAAACCACCAUCCGGGAUGAGUAAAGCUUGUUGAUAUAACUUUCACAUGCUGGAACAUGGGGUAUUUGCGAACCCAAUGUCUCUCCUUGAUGACGGAAUUGAAGUUAGAACGACGCGAGGAGAUGAAUAGUAGAACAUGCUGUGUGGUCUUGCCUGGAUGACUUUACAAGAUUGGAGAUGACCUCGCUGUGCAUCACCAGACUGAAGGUGUAAGUGUUUGACUUUUUUGACUCCUGAUGACUUGUCACAUUGCUUUUUCGAGAAAAGACCAGUGAAAUGAAGUUUUCAUUUAGAUAAAACUACUUAUUGCAAGUCGUGCUUCAUUCUGGGAACGUGGCUGGAGAAGGAUGACCAUCUGUGACUUUUGACCUU